UUUCUUUUUUCUUUCAUUUAUUAUCAUUAUCAUUAUCAUUAUCACUAUCAUAAUGGCUUCUUUACAUUCAAAAGUAUCAUUUGAUUACGAUCAAAACACAAUUACUACAUCUAUGACAAGAGAAGAUUUGAUGGUGUUGGCUCAAAAUGAAUAUGCACGACAAUUAUGUAAAUUUACAGAAGCACAGUUAAAGAAGAAGGUACCUUGUUACACUGAAAAACGCAAGAUGGGCAUGGACACAAUUUCAGCUCUUAAGGCAAUACAACAACAACAAUCAUAAUUUCAUAUUUUCUUUGCUCUUUAUUUUAUUUUUUUUGUACAUAGUUUGAUGCAUCCCAUUUUUUAUACACACAUACAUUAUUACAUUUCAUCUAUUUUAGUUUAAUAAUAAAAAAAAUAGACUAAAUUUACGUUUCACAGACACACAUAUACACACUCUCACACAGUGUUCAUUUUAAAUGGAAUAUUAACUC